CUGUAUUUCUUUCUUAGGAUCAUGUUUCCUCAGCUUAUGCCUGAAGCCAUUUCCUUCCGUCAAUCAAUUCUCAGUUCAUUAAGAGGCAAAGGAUGGGAGUUACCCUUUACUUUCAUCCUAAGGGUCGUAAUCUUUUAUGGAUGUAUGUUACAGUUGCUUGAUAUAUUAUCCUCAUUAAGAUUGUGAUUUGUUUUAAGGUUUGCUUUUUGACUGUCAGUCAAGCUGUAUGGAAGAGAAUGAUUAGCGUUCCGUGGUUAAGAUAAACUAGGCCACUAAUUUUUCUGCGAAUCAGUUUCAUAUUAAUGGAAGAGAAUUAUUUGGGUCAUAGCUAAGGUAGCCACCUGACUGCUGAAUGAAAGAAAAUGUUUCGUACAAAAUGCUGCACCAAAGAACUGACAAAUUUUUGUAGAUUCAUGUUCCUAAAGUUCAAGCAUCUAUAGGUAGCUAUAGUCUUAAAGCUUAUACAGCUAAUUAUAUUGUAUUUUUUGUUAAGAGGGCCUCAAGACAUGCACGUGAGGUUGCAUUAGAAAUGCACGGGUAAAAUUGGAAAUUUGAGGGAUGGCUACUGUGGGAGACUUGUAUUUUGCGUUAAAUUCAUUUCUUGCUUUUAACUUCAUAUUCCUAGUCUUUGGACGUUUACGUAGCAUUAUACCAUCAAGAACAUGCUUAAUGCACAAGAUGCAAGUAAUUACCUGGUGCUAGCAUAGCUGUACAUUUGCUACAUUGAUGAAUUUUAACACAACCUCCCAUGUGAUUUCUCCCAUUUCUACCUCCUACGUUGAGAAUCUAAGCCCUCUCCCCACAUCUCUAUAAAUAAUAUACACAUUCUUGCACAUAUUUCAUCAUCCAAAGCCUUCCAUCUUUCUAAACAACAGUAGUCGCUCUCAAUUAAGCUCAAGCUUCAUUUUUCUUGUGUCACGUUAUAUUCGUAGAGGCAGUUAGCAUGGCUAGAAGCAAAAGGUCUCUUGCUUCAACUCUGCUCGCAGCCUCCAUCUUCAUCUUGCUCGUUGGAGCCUCGUUUGCCAAGGAGGAGGGGAAUGGGAAAGGUAAUGGGGAUGGGAAUGAUAAAGGGGAUGGGAAUGAUAAUGGGAAUGAUAAUGGGAAUGGGAGUGGUAAUGAUAUAGGAAAUGGUAAUGGGAACGGGAACGGUAAUGGUAAUGGUAACGGGAAUGGAAAUAGGAAUGAUAAAGGGAACGGGAACGGUAACAGUAAUGGUAACGGAAAUGGGAAUGGGAAUGGAAAUGGGAAGGGAAAUGGCGAUAACAAAGGGAAGGGGAAUGACAAAGAUAAGGGGAAACACGAUGCAGCAUCGACGAAUUAUGUGAUAUUGGAUCCAAACCCUGUGACCGGGUCUGAGAGGUUCUUUUGCUUGGCGAGAGGGAGUUGCCACGGUAAGACUCUUGAGUGCCCAGCAGAGUGCGCCUUAAGAAAGCCUAAGAGGAACAAGAAGAACAAGGGUUGCUUUGCUGACUGCAGCAGUCGUUGUGAAACUACUUGCAAAUUUCGCAGGGCAAAUUGCAAUGGGUUCGGUUCUAUCUGCUACGACCCCCGUUUCAUCGGUGGCGACGGCACUAUGUUCUACUUCCACGGCGCAAGGGGUGGGGACUUUGCCCUUGUAUCUGACGAUGACCUCCACAUCAACGCCCACUUCAUUGGAACCCGCCCUCAAGGCCGCACCCGCGACUUCACUUGGGUGCAAGCCCUCGCCGUCAUGUUCGAGUCCCACACCCUCGUUGUUGCCGCCAAAAGGGUCGCCAUCUGGGACGACAACGUUGAUGCCCUAAUUCUCCGUUAUGACGGCGAAGACCUCGCUGUCGCCACUGAUGGUGAAGCAGAGUGGAGGACGGAAACCAACGAGAGAGUGGUGGUAAUUGAGAGGACCGACGAUUUCAACAGCGUGAAAGUGACUAUAUCGGGUUUGCUCGAAUUGGAUGUUAAGGUUACGCCGAUAGGAGACAAAGAGAACAGAACACACGGGUAUAACUUGCCUGAUGGCGACGCAUUCGCUCACUUGGAGACACAGUUCAAGUUCACGAAAUUAAGCGACGAAGUUGAGGGAGUUCUUGGUCAAACUUAUCGACCGGGAUAUGUUAGUCCGGUGAAGAAGGGCGUGCCGAUGCCGAUGAUGGGAGGAGAAGAUCGGUAUCGGACGCCGGCGUUUCUUUCGGCUAGCUGUGUUUCUUGCAGGUUUAAGGGUGAUGGGGUCAGGAUGGUUGAUGAAGGUGUGAGUUUGGAUGCGGUUCAGUAGGGAGAGAAAAGAUUGCAACUGAACAUAUCUUGAUGGAUGCUAAGAUAUAAGCGUGUGAUAAUAAAGGUGAUAUUGUGAAUUUGUUAUUGUUUCUGGCGUGUUUUCUAUGUAAUAAAGUAAACAAAGAAAGGAAAUUUUAUGUUUUAAGAAAAGUUGUUUGAUAGAUUAUGGGGAAUUUUUUUCUUUUUGGU